AUGCUGCUCUCGGCAAUUUACCAACCCCAAAAUCAGUUCUGCGUCGCAGUCGAUGGCAACGCCGACGAGACGUUCUGGCGAUUGAUGAACGAACUUUCAUACUGCUAUCCGAAUAUACAGGUUACGAGAGCAAAACGGAUCGAAUGGUGCUCAUACGAGAUUCUUGAGGCGAUUUUCGACUGUGUGAUGAGACUGGCAAACUCAUCCGCGGAGUGGAAGUACAUGCAGGUGAAUUUCAGGGUUCCCCUUCGUACUGUUUCCUGGUAG